GGCUGAGCUCUCCUUGCCUGUGCCUUAAUCCUUUUUUCUUAUUUUUAAUUGACAUUAUUGUAAAUCAUAUUCCUCUCUCCAGAAAAUGAGCAUAGCUUACAACUCCAUCCUGCUCCAGCUGUGCCGGAAGUAGUUGGGAAAGUGACUCUUCGUUGGUCACUAAUUGCUCAUAGAGCAUCAAAAAUUUUAUUUUCUCUUUGUGCUUUUCCCUUGGCGUGCUGCAACCCUGAGCUGGAGUUUGAGGUCUGCUUUAUUCUGUACAGACACUGUUUGAAUGUUGGUAUGGACACUUGGGAAUUCUGGGGGACAGAGGAAGGUUGACAUUGGACUAUAUGUGCUGUAGGAACAGAGAAAUCUGUGGGAAUGUUUCUCUUUGCAAUUCAUCUUUCCCGCUGUUUCAUUUUGAAAAUUCACACGGGAUGAGAGUUUGUGUUGCUGUUUAAUUGCUGUAACAGCAAAUAUUUUUACUUUUAUAUGCAAAAUUAGGAUGAGAGCUGGGAUUCAAACCCAGUGUGUACCAGCAGGUGGCAUAAAAAGAGAUUUUGUGUUGAUUUUUUUUAGUUAAGAAAUUUCAGUUGGGUUUCUGGAGCCACUUUCACUUUUGAGGCUCGUUACACUGUGAUGCUUCACAGCAAACAUUCUGUUCUUUCUUGGGCUGUGAGGUGCCUUAUUUUAAAAAGUGUCAUCCCAAACACUUUUUUCUUUCUCCUGUUUAUUUGGCCUGACCACCAGUGUGUGACUGCUGAAUCGUUCAUGGUGCAGCUUAGGCAAUCUGAAGAUUUGUAAAGAAAUUAGAAGUUUUCAUGAGCUCUGCUCAUACCAGAACCUUGACCAGAUCUCCGUUUGCAGCCAUGAUGCCCGUGGCCACCGUGAUGCCCGAUGACACGCCCAUGUUUGACCCCAGCAUCCUGCAGGAACUCGACUGGAGUGAGAACACCACGACCUUUUCUCCUGCUAUUUCUCCACUGGAUCCAGGGGAUGGGCUGGUCCUGAGACCACUUUGCACAGCUGAUUUAAAUCGAGGCUUUUUUAAGGUUCUGGGUCAGCUGACAGAAGCAGGAGUUGUGAGCCCGGAGCAAUUCAUCAAAACCUUUGAGCACAUGAAGAGGUCUGGAGAUUACUACGUCACCGUGGUGGAGGACACCAACCUGGGGCAGAUCGUUGCUACGGCAACGCUGGUUAUAGAACAUAAAUUCACUCACUCCUGUGCCAAGAGAGGCAGGAUAGAAGAUGUGGUGGUCAGCGGGGAGUGCAGAGGGAAGCAGCUUGGAAAACUAUUAACGUCCACCCUCACCUUGCUAAGUAAGAGACUGAACUGUUACAAAAUCACACUGGAGUGUCUGCCCAAAAAUGUGGAUUUCUACAAGAAGUUUGGCUAUUUGGUAUCUGAUGAAAACUACAUGUUUCAACGCUUCUUUAAUUAACAACUUCUAGGUGUUCUGGGUUCUUUUAUUUUCUUGGAAAGACUUUUGGUGGAGGAGCUUGUGCUACAAUCAUUCUCUCCGUGGAAAAUUUCUAUAGUUUAUUGCUGCAGAUAUAACAAUCCCUAUAAAUAAUGAACAUCAAAUGUGUAAAUCUUGGGAAGAAAAUUACUGAGGUUUUAGAAAGAGUCCUCUGGAUUAGAAAAUAAGUUUAGAACUAAUUUUUACUACUGUUGAAUCGAGGUGAAGCUUUUUUGUUCUAGCUGAGUUACAAAGGACUCGUUAAAGGGAUGGUUUUUAACCAAAGGUCUAUAUUUUUAUCUCAAAUUUUUUCUUGCAUUGUAUUUUUCUAAAGGUUUGUGCUUCUUUUCUCAGUAGCCAAAGGACAGCCCCUGGGACUGUCCUGGCUGUGCUGAUGGAAGGAUGAUGUAGCUGGGGAAGGGAUGAGGCUUCUCUUAUGCAGAAUUAGUGACACAGAACAGGCCUUAGUUCUGGUUUUUUCCAUGACAUCUCAUGGAAGUGCUGGUGGUGCAUCAGAAGUUUCCUAGGCACUGUUUUCCAAGACUGGAUUUGUUACUGUUGGUGCAGGUUGGGGAGAAUCCUUGCAGGCUGUGCUGAAUUCCCAGUCUGAAAAUGGAUGUGUGCUUCUCACUGCAGGGCUCCUGCACUUUAGCUGAUAACUUAGUUUUCAGGAUAAUUACUUUUUUUUUUUCUGACAUAAAAACCCCAAACGUGGUGUCCAACAGGGCAGAGGGUAACUGGGAAACUGGAAUGUAUCCCAUAGGGAGUGGGGUUCUGGUUAGUAAUCACUGGGAAGGGGAGUGGGAUGGCAGAUUCAGCUUCACCUGAGGGAGCUGGGGGUGCUCAGCCCAGAAAAGCCUUACAGCCACUUCCAGGGCCUAAAAAGGAGGGAGAGGGACUUUUGUAUGGGCAGGACACAGGGAGUGGCUCCCACUGCCAGAGGGCAGGGAUGGAUGGGAUAUUGGGAUGGAAUUCCUGGCUGUGAAGGUGGGCAGGCCCUGGCACAGGUGCCCAGAGAAGCUGUGGCUGUCCCUGAAUCCCUGGAAGUGUCCACGGCCAGGCUGGAGCAGCCUGGGAUAGUGGAAGGUGUUCCUGUUGGAAUGAGCUGAGUUUAAGGUCCCUUCCAACCCAAACCAUUCUGGGAUUUACUGAACACCUGGAUCUCCAGAGGGCCAAGAGGGAUUUCCACCUGUGGCACAGCAAACCAGGAGAGAAAUUUCCCCCUUCCUCUCCCAAGGGGUUGCUGCUUCUGGUGCUGCAAGAUUGGAUCAAUGAUUUUAGCACUUCUGCCAGGGGUGAAAAGCAAAGAACGUCCCAAGGCCUGCUGCCAGCAGUGGUGUUUUGUGUGGGGAGUGACAAACCCCACAGCAUGAAUAGGGCAUUGUACCCAGCCAGGGUUGUUUGUGGGCAGCCAGGCCUUCCACACUGUCCUGCUUUGUGCUCUGGAGAGCGACUCUACAGUGCUGGGGGCUCUGCUUGAUCUUCCUGAGGGUUCUCCACUCCAUCCAGUGUCUCCUUGGUGAUGUCUGCUUUAUUUAUUGAUUAUUUUUUUAAAGAAUAUCUUUGUUUAAGCUGAAUAAAUGAUUGCCACCUGUA